AUGCAAGUAAAAGUGAUUCUUCAUCGAGGUCCUUCUGAGGAAGUCCUUCCAAGAAAGGAGAUCCGACGCUUUUUCCUCGAGAAACUGGACUCGUUUCAGCACCUCAAAGACCAAGUGAUCAUGCUUUACGACGAUCUGACCGCGGACACGACUCUUCGAUUCUUGUGGACUGACGAAGAAGGCGACAACGUCCAGUUCUCCUCCGACAAGGAAAUGAAGGAAGCCGUCAAUUUCUUCCAAAACCAACAAGGAGAAAACAAGCUCUUCAAACUGAUCGUCCGUUUUCCCCAGCCGCCACCACCACCGGCCGCCCAAAAGGCCGCGCCAACCAAGGAGCCCAAGGAAACAACAACGACUGGAAAGACCCGGCGAAGAUGGAGAAGAAGAUCCAGAAGAUCCACGAGCGCCAGUGCAAGAAGAACAUGA